AUGUUCCCUUCCUUCGUGGCCAACCUCCACAACUUGCAUGAUUAUUUCGCCCUUGUCCUCGCUCGAUCAGGUCACAACUUCAGGGCGCACGGCCCUCUUGGGACCGGGAUGCGGUUAUUCGUCACAUGCGACCCUGCGAACAUCCGGCACAUCUUCACGACCAACUACACCAACUUUCCCAAGGGUGCGGAGUUUUCCGCUAUCUUCGACAUCAUGGGUGGAAGCCUCUUUACUAUUGACGGCGAGCUGUGUCGUCAGCAGCGCGCCAACGUCAAGGGCGUACUUAGCAGUCCGUGGAAGGUUGCCAGGAUUGCCGCUUGCUGCCGCGACAAGGUGGAGAACAACCUGCUCCCCUUGUUUACCAACAUGGAGAGCAUUGGCACUCCGUUCGACAUGCAAGAAAUGAUGUCGAGGUUUAUGUUUGACCUGGCUGCUAUGCCUCUCUUUGGCGUGGACCCGGGGCUCGUAUCAUCGGACAUGCCGCCCAUGGAUGUUGCGGUCGCCAUGGACACGGUCAUGGAGGUGGGCUUCUUUCGGCAUGUGAUGUCAGCUUCUUGUUGGAAAUUGAUGAGGCGGCUAAACAUCGGCCCUGAGAGAAAGCUCAGAGUGGCGCACACUAUGCUACGAGGGUUUAUCGUGGAUAUGAUGGAGAGGAGGAAGAUCAACGCAUGCCAUAUUGGUAAUGAUGAGGAACAAGAGGGGGACACAGUUGGAACGACCCUAACAUGGAUCUUCUACAAUCUCGCUCAGAACCCAAACAUUGUGUCAAUCAUACGCAAUGAACUCUCACCCAUUGCAUCAAACAAAGUAGCAGCCGGUGUGGAUGCCAUGGUGAUCUUUGAGCCAGACGAAACCAAAUCCCUAGUCUAUCUGAAAGCCGUCUUGUACGAAACUCUUAGGUUGUACCCACCGGCGCCUUUUGAGAGGAAGACGGUGGCCGCCGAUGAUAUAAUGCCAAGUGGCCAUGAACUGGGCACCGGCGACACCAUCCUUAUUUCCCUCCACUCAAUGGGGAGAAUGGAGGGCUUGUGGGGUAAAGAUUGCCUCAACUACAAUCCAGAUAGGUGGCUCUCGGAGGAUGGCAACAAGCUGAAGUACGUACCAUCUCACAAGUUCUUGGCCUUCAACUCGGGCCCGAGGAUUUGCCUCGGCAAGGACAUCGCGGUUAUGCAAAUGAAGACCGUCAUCGCGUCAACUCUGUGGAACUUUGAUGUGGAGGUGAUGGAAGGGCAAAGCAUCCAGGCCAAGCCGUCUUGUAUACUGGAAAUGAAAAAUGGGCUCAUGGUUAAGCUGAAGAAGCGAGGAAUGUAA